AUGUACGGAACUGUCCGCUCUGUUCUGCUGUGCUGACGACACUUCCGGAGUUACGCCCGACUCCAUUUUACACGAAAACAAUCUUAGGAGGAAAUAUUUUCACUCGGGCUGACAGAGUGCAUCCACACCACAUUCCUCUCACUGAUAGACAUGCUGUUGUACGUCAAGUGUUGAGUGAUGAGACUGUCUGGAGAGCAACAUGAAGGAUACUUUUACCAUUUAUCAGCCAUGAAUCAAGACUGAGGAAGAAAAAUAUCCCUGCCCUUGAACAGCGAUUUCCUCCAUUUCCAAGCUCAAGAGCUGCUUUAUUAUGAAACAUGGACCAGGGUACAGUUGACAGCCCCGUUACUCUUGUCAUCAAGGCACCCAACCAGAAAUAUGACGACCAGACCAUCAAUUGUUUUUUGAACUGGACAGUAGAGAAAUUGAAAAAACACAUCUCCAAUGUGUAUCCUAGCAAACCGUUAUCCAAGGACCAGAGACUUGUCUAUUCUGGACGACUUCUGCAGGAUCACUUGCAGUUGAGGGAUGUGCUAAGAAAGCAAGAUGAAUACCACAUGGUCCACCUGGUGUGUGCUUCACGAAGCCCUCCAUCAUCCCCAACUUCUGACAGCCACUUUAGCACCACUGAUUCCAGUUCUUCAACAUCAGGCAGUGCUGGUCCAUCCUUGUCAUCUACCCCCAGUCAGGAAGCUCAGCCCAAUUCUGAUGGUCUACGGCACAGAGGGAAUCCAGCGGCAACUCAUGGCCUCAAUCCUGCCCCUACUGGUGUGAUGCAGAGACCUGAAGGAAUGCCUCUUCCCAUGCAAGGUGGUCCCGCUGCUGGCUUCCCUGCCCAUCCUAUGUACAUGCCAAUGCAAAUGUUUUGGUGGCAGCAGAUGUAUGCCCGCCAUUAUUAUGUUCAAUAUCAAGCUGCAAUGGCAGCAUCCCGGGCCUCCAGUGUGGCCCCGUCUCCCUCUCCCAGUGCUGGCCCUGCCACACAGCCAGUUCAGCCUAAUGAACCUGCAGCCCCUAUGGGGCCCAAUCCCGCCCCUGAGGACCGACCUGCCAAUCCCAACAUCCAGAUGAACGCUCAGGGCGGAGCCAUGCUGAACGACGAUGAGCUCAACCGAGACUGGCUGGACUGGAUGUACACAGUGUCACGUGCCGCCAUCUUGCUCAGUAUCGUCUAUUUCUAUUCCUCCUUUGGCCGCUUCGUCAUGGUCAUCGGUGCCAUGCUGCUAGUUUAUCUUUUGUCUGUGUUUAUGUGGUCCAGGCAUCAGGCUGGCUGGUUUCCCUUUAGAGCCGAAUUGCAAAAUCCAAGGGCUGAAGAAGGUGCACAAGACGAGGCUGAUCCGAAUCAGGAUAUGCAAGAGAUGGAGCGUAUGAUGGAUGAGGGGAUUGAGGAUGAUGAGGGCGACAGCGGAGAGGAAGGUCCCGAUGAUCCCAUGAACGCAGGCCCGCACCAGCAAGGCUUCCUAUCAGCCACCUGGUCCUUCAUCAGCACUUUCUUCACCUCCCUCAUCCCAGAGGGACCUCCACAGGCUGCCAACUGAACUCCACCAUGUCUGUGCACAGUGGAGAGGGGAAAAAAUGACAAUAGACUGAAUAAUAAUAAUAAUAAUAAUAAUGAUAAUAAAAACACAAACAAAUACAACAUGGGUCUGCCAUGUUCUGGCAAGUCUGUAAUGCUGCUUCAGUGGUGUUCAAUUUUGCCUCAUGCCAUUGCCUAAUGCUUUUCUUCCCGCCUUUGUCAACAAGACGGGUGAGGUUUCAUGGAUGUCCUGUCCAUGUUGUUACGAAAGACCUUUUUUUUUUUCCUUCUCAAGACUGGUUGGUAAACACAUAAGACCAUAAGACUUAGUGAAUCAUGCAGUUACUUUAGCGCAUAACUAUUUUUCUCUUCUUUGUGUGUAAAUAAAUAGUAAAUAUUUACAGAUAUGAAUAUAUGCAUCUCAUUGAAAUAAGGUGUGUUUUUGAAUAAAAUCAGGUUUUGGUUUCUUGUCGUAA